CUUGCUCGCUACACCAAAGAAGGAUAUCUGCAUUUAGGAGCUCUUGGGACUACAAUAUUGCUCCCAGAUACCCGCUGCCUGGUGGAUAAUGUGAAGAGUAAACUCCCUCAGCUGCUUGAUUGCGAGAAAGUCAAGAGCAGCCUCCACAAGCGUUGGAAUUUUAUACAGCAUGGUGCAAUCCUAAAUAAAGGGACAGGACGCUGCUUGGAAGUUGAAAAUAAAGGCACGUCAGGUAUGGAUCUUAUUCUCCGCAGCUGCACAGGACAAAGGUGGACAAUUAAACAUUUUAUCAAGUAGAGAGCUUCUUAUCCAUUGUUCAAAAUUUUUGCAGA